AUGUGGAGUGACGCCGAUGCAGCCACAUGGGAGUUGAAACAUAGCGGAACUCCGAACACGGACUGUCAGCCAUCAUUUACAUCUGUAGCAGGUAAAGUGAAACAUGGUACGUUCAGUGCAGAUGAAUGCAAGACCUCAUUGACAGAGAACGCCGACGGAAUUACUUUGGACUACGAGUUUAAGAUCCAAGUUAGUGCUUCUGGUAGUCCGACUUUUCCAUAUGACCACGAGUACACAAUAACAUGUACGUAUAUCAGGGAAAAACAGGGUCUUCAGGCUAGCUUCCUAACUCAACAUUCAGUCACUGAAACUGGCACUGGUGAGUAG